CCUAAACAUAUGGUCAUUUAAAUCUAACCAAGUUGUAGGUACGGACGCACUCUAUCUAGAAUUUUAAAUGUUCUCUUUAUAGGUAUAAGUAUUUUGACAAUUACGGCAUAGUUGAACAGAUAAAAAGUAUCAUCAUGGGGUUGAGAAACUUCCAGAUCAACUUAGAUAAUUCCAAAGGAAUAUUUGUGUCUGGUGAAACCGUCAGUGGAAGGGCAACGCUGGAUUUGGAAUCUGAAAUGAAAGUGCGAGAGAUUAGUCUAGCCUUUGUAGGAAAGUCUAAUGUGCACUGGUCAGAGAGACAAGGAAGCAGCGACAAUCGACACACUGUGUUCUACACAGCAACAGAAUAUUACUUUAACAAUGUAGUUUGCGUGUUUGGGAAAGGUCUUGGAGGUGGAGAUGAACACUUUUUGCAACCGGGACAACACGUCUUUCCUUUCUCAUUUGUUUUACCACCAAAUUUACCAUCAUCAUUUGAAGGAGGCAAGGGACACGUGCGAUAUACUAUCAGAGUAUCCAUAGACAGACCCUGGAGAUUUGAUGACAACACACACACAAUUCUAGCGUUUACAGUGUUAAGUGCCUUAGAUCUCAACCAAGAACCUCUAGCAACUAAUGGGGCGGAUGCUACAGAUUCAAAGAUGCUGUGCUGUUGGUGUUGUGAAUCAGGCCCAAUAACAGGAACUAUCAAGGUCAACCGAGUUGGCUAUGUUCCUGGAGAAUCUGUUUAUUUUGAGGCUAGUGUACAGAACAUGUCCAAUCGUGCGUGUCGCAUGUAUGCUACGUUAGACAUGGUAACCACUUUUCAUGCGACAACUAAAAGUUGUAAUUCAUUUUAUCGCAUUAACACCACUCCGCACCAGGACCUGCAGCCGGGGGAUUCGGAAGUUUGGGGCGGCGAAAGAUUUAUCCUCCCUCCCCUUCCGCCAUCGUAUCUUGCUGGCUGCAAUAUCAUAGAUGUACGAUAUAUCCUGAAGCUCGUCUUAGUUCCCUCUGGAACAUCCAUGCCCUUGCAUGUUCCGGUUGAAAUCAUCAUAGGAACUAUUCCCCUUCAAUCAGCAGUGGAACAAUAUCAACAGACAUUAGCGUCAGCGCACCCCUCGGCUCCUCCCCAAGUUGCAAUGCCUGCCCCUUCCUACAACGAGUCCAUUAUGGGUUCUACAAAUAUUGCAGGCGAGGAAGAUGGUGAACAGACACAAGGGCAGCUGGACUUCACUCCUACAUAUACCUACUACGAUUGGUCAAAGUCUGCUUAGUACUAGAACCUUCAUUGUUCCAAGACUACAGUGAAGAAAUACUUUAGAAACAUAAUUUUCCAUCUGUGAUAAUCAAUGAUUAACUUCUGACGUGCUAUCUUAGUGCCUGUAAUUACGAUAAGACGAAAUGUAUAAAAGUCUUGUGAAAAAUCGUCCAUCCCAGGUUAAAAUGUUAACGUUUUCACUUGGACAUUUCUAUACAGCAAUAUUGGUUCAUUAAAAUAAAAUAUAGUU